CACCUCUAGCUUCGUUUCCAUCCAUUUUUCGCGAGGUGUCGUUCUCGUGUCUUUGCAGCAGAGAGAAUUAAUUAGCCACGGAGCCGGAGCCGAGGCGCCAAUCAGUGAAAUUAUUUAUCGACUGGAGAUUUGUAUUUCUACAUGAGAUCUGCGUGGUGCAUGGGGACUGUAUGAAACAGCAGAGAAAAGGUUAUUUCCGACUGCGCUCUGCACUGGAUGUGUACAUGAAUGCGCUUGUACGCCGCUGGUGCGCGGUGAUACGGACUAGGACGUCCAGCUGCCAUUGAGAUGUGAUUCUCUGGGGCUUCAUUUACCUUUAAGAGAGCAAAGCAAAUUACAACAGGCCUGUAUGGUGUCAGCAACACUGAGCUGUGAGAGAAACAGCUCACCACCAGAGCGUCUGGGCCCAGCAGGAAGAACUCCCAUGUCAGCUCCCAGGUCCCCCUCAGACGUCAUGUGGAUCAGAUGCCUGCUCUGCGUCGCCACUCUGUUCGCCCCGCUCGCCUCCGUCCAUGGCCGUGCCCCCGUCCCCAUGGCAGUGGUGCGCAGGGAGCUGUCCUGUGAGUCCUACCCCAUCGAGCUGCGCUGCCCCGGCACGGACGUCAUCAUGAUCGAGAGCGCCAACUACGGCCGCACCGACGACAAGAUCUGCGACUCCGACCCCGCGCAGAUGGAGAACACGCGGUGCUACCUGCCCGACGCGUACAAGAUCAUGUCCCUCAGAUGCAACAACCGCACCCAGUGUGCAGUGGUGGCCGGGCCCGAUGUCUUCCCUGACCCCUGCCCCGGCACAUACAAAUACCUGGAGGUCCAGUAUGAGUGUGUCCCGUACAAGGUGGAACAAAAAGUAUUUCUGUGUCCUGGCAUUCUGCGAGGGGUGUACCAAAGCGAACAUCUUUUCGAGUCCGACCACCAGUCCGGUGCGUGGUGCAAAGACCCGUUACAGGCCUCAGACAAGAUCUACUACAUGCCCUGGACCCCAUACCGCACGGACACGCUGACAGAGUACUCGUCGAAAGAGGACUUCAUCGCGGGCCGUCCCACCACCACCUACAAACUCCCACAUCGCGUGGACGGGACUGGCUUCGUGGUGUAUGACGGCGCGCUCUUCUUCAACAAGGAGCGCACGCGCAACAUUGUAAAGUUCGACUUGCGCACGCGCAUCAAGAGCGGUGAGGCCAUAAUCGCCAAUGCCAACUACCACGACACCUCGCCCUACCGCUGGGGCGGCAAGUCGGACAUCGACCUCGCUGUGGACGAGAACGGACUGUGGGUUAUCUACGCAACGGAGCAGAACAACGGGCGCAUCGUGGUGAGCCAGCUCAACCCCUACACGCUGCGCAUCGAAGGCUCCUGGGACACCACCUACGACAAGCGCUCCGCCUCCAACGCCUUCAUGAUCUGCGGAGUCCUGUACGUCGUGAAGACCGUCUACGAAGACGACGACAACGAGGGGACCGGGAACAAAAUAGACUACAUGUACAACACCGACAAGAGCAAGGAGGUGACCGUUAACAUACCCUUUCCCAAUUCCUACCAGUACAUUGCUGCAGUGGAUUACAACCCGAGAGACAACCUGCUGUAUGUGUGGAAUAACUACCAUGUGGUCAAGUACUCGCUGGACUUUGGCAACAACGAUUAUCGCCCACCUCCCAUGAUGCCCCCUAGCCGAGGAGGGGGAGGAGGAGGUCCAGUCGGUGGUGGUGGUGGGGGCUCCUCCUCUUCGUCCACCAGCCGCACCACCACCACUCGUUCUCCUCCCUACUACACCACCCCAAGGCCCCUCCUCACCACCUCCCCUGGCCAGCGGUACCGAACCACGACCACGAUUCGCCAGCCCAUCCUGGUUCCUGUCGGUGGCUCGUCAUCAGAUACCAACCAGAUUCCUGACACCAACCAGAAAGCCGGACGCAAUCCAGCGGUGCAGGUCCCUCCUGCAGCCCCCCAGCCUCCUGCCCUGCCUCCUCAAGACUUCUGCAGUCCAAGGUUGACAGCCGACAUAUCGUGGCCUCGGACACAGCAAGGCCAGAUGGCCAAGCAGCCCUGCCCUGUAGGGACACUGGGUGUGGCCACAUACGUGUGCAUGGCCCACUUGGGCUACUGGGAUCCCCAAGGCCCCGACCUCAGCAACUGCACGUCACCCUGGGUCAACCACAUCAUGCAGAAACUUCGUUCGGGUGAGACGGCUGCCAUCGUUGCCAGGGAGCUGGCGGAGCAGACCAAAGGGCUCCUGCGGCCUGGCGACGUGCCGUCCACGGUGAGGGCCAUGGCCCAGCUGGUCGAGCUGCUGGACGUCCAGCUCAGGAACCUCACCCCCGGGGGCAAGGACAGCGCAGCCCGCAGCCUCACCAAGCUUCAGAAGAGAGAAAGGUCCUGCAGGUUUUUCACACAGGCCAUGGUGGAGACGGUGAAUAAUCUGCUGCAGCCACGGGCCCAGUCAGCGUGGAGGGAGCUGUCCACCAGCGAGCAGCUGCACUCGGCCACUCUGCUCCUCGACACCGUGGAGACCGGCGCCUUCAUGCUGGCUGACAACCUCCUCAAGACGGACACCGUGCAGGAGACCACUGACAACAUCCAGUUGGAAGUGGCCAGGCUGAGCACGGAGGGGAACCUCGCAGACCUGACGUUCCCUCAGUCGGAGCUACAUGGAAACUCCAUCCAGCUUUCAGCCAGCACCCUCAAGCAGCACGGCAGAAACGGGGAGAUCAGGAUGGCGUUUGUCCUCUACAGGAACCUGGGCGCCUACCUGUCCACGGAGAACGCCAGCGUCAGGCUGAGCAGCGAGGCGGUCUACCCUAAUUACUCCGUUAUCGUCAACUCCCCGGUCAUCACGGCAUCCAUUAACAAGGAGAGCAACAAGGUUUACCUGUCCGAGCCGGUGGUCUUCACUGUCAAACACCUGCAGCAUUCGGAAGAAAACUUCAAUCCCAACUGUUCGUUCUGGAGCUACUCCAAACGCACCAUGAUGGGAAUCUGGUCGACGCAGGACUGUCGUCUGCUGGGCACCAAUCGCACGCACACCAGCUGCUCCUGCACACACCUCACCAGCUUCGCGGUGCUCAUGGCCCACGUGGAGGUCAAGAAAGCGGACAGCAUGCACGACCUGCUCCUGGACGUGAUCACCUGGGUGGGGAUCCUGUUGUCGCUGGUCUGUUUGCUCAUCUGCAUCUUCACCUUCUGCUUCUUCCGCGGGCUGCAGAGCGACCGCAACACCAUCCACAAGAACCUGUGCAUCAGCCUCUUCAUCGCCGAGUCCCUGUUCCUGGUCGGGAUCAACAGGGCCGACCAGCCGAUUGCCUGUGCAGUCUUCGCGGCCCUGCUCCAUUUCUUCUUCUUGGCAGCCUUCACUUGGAUGUUCCUGGAAGGGGUGCAGCUCUACAUCAUGCUGGUGGAGGUGUUUGAGAGCGAACACUCCAGGACUAAGUACUUCUACCUGGCAGGAUACGGAGUGCCUGCCAUCAUCGUGGCUGUCUCCGCCGCAGUGGACUACAGGAGCUACGGCACUGACCGAGUGUGCUGGCUGCGAUUGGAUACAUACUUUAUCUGGAGUUUCAUUGGCCCUGCUACUCUCAUCAUCAUGCUGAACGUCAUCUUCCUCGGUAUCGCUCUUUAUAAGAUGUUCCACCAUACGGCCAUUCUCAAACCAGACUCUGGAUGUCUGGACAACAUCAAGUCCUGGGUGAUCGGUGCCAUAGCUCUGCUGUGCCUGCUGGGCCUGACCUGGGCGUUCGGCCUAAUGUACAUCAACGAGAGCACCGUGAUCAUGGCCUACCUUUUCACCAUCUUCAACUCGCUGCAGGGGAUGUUCAUCUUCAUCUUCCACUGCAUCCUGCAGAAGAAGGUGCGUAAGGAGUACGGCAAAUGCCUGCGCACCCACUGCUGCAGCGGCAAGAGCGUGGAGACCUCCAUCUCCUCGUCCAGUAAGACCACCACCUCGCGGACGCCAGGCCGCUACUCCACAGGCUCACAGGUGAGCUUACCUGCCUGCACACCCGGACGCUACAGCACAGCAGACUCUCAGAGUCGUAUCAGGCGGAUGUGGAAUGACACUGUGAGGAAACAGGAGUCCUCCUUCAUCACUGGAGACAUCAACAGCUCUGCCACGCUCAACAGAGGAGCCAUGGCUAAUCAUCUUAUAACUAAUGCUCUCCUUCGUCCCCAUGGUACUAACAAUCCUUAUAACACUCUCCUGGGGGACUCGGCAGUCUAUAAUAACCCCGCCGUGGGCAUGUACAACACCCAAGCACCUUACCGGGACACAAAGGGCAUCCUGAACAACGCAAGAGACUCCAGCGUGAUGGAUACGCUUCCUCUCAAUGGGAACCAUGCCAACAACUACACCAUGGCCAGCAGCGAGUACCUGAGUGACUGCGUCCAGAUUCUAGACAGGAGCGGUGGAUACGGCACCCACAGCAACCACAAGGAGACCACCCUGGAGAAGAAGAUCCUCAAGGAGCUGACCUCCAACUACAUCCCGUCCUACCUCAAUAACCAUGAGAGGUCCACCACCGAGCGCAACCACAACCUGAUGAACAAGCUGGUCAACAGCAGCAUGGCGAACGGAGGGAGCCUGGCGGGCGGCAGCAGCAGCAGCAGCAGCAGUGGAGUCAGUGGGUGUUUGGGCAGUGGUAAAGAGGACAUUGGGCCCAUGGUGCUGGACAACCCUGCCGCCUUCCCCCACGAGGAGAACCUGGGAUUGGAGAUUAUCAGAGAGGAGUUCAACGCUCCUCUCCUGCCGCCUCGGCCCCCGCCGCCAGACAGCCACCCGCCACCGCCGCCUCCUCCACACAGCUUCUCAAGGCCACGGCGCAUUCCCCAGGAGACCAGCGAAAGCUUCUUCCCCCUACUGACCAACGAGCACACCGACGAGCAGACGCACUCGCCCAACCACAGAGACUCACUCUACACCAGCAUGCCAGUGCUAACGGACCUCCCGGAUGGGCAGAUGAACGGCCUAACAGACGGAGAGGAAGAGAGCUCGGGGGAGCUGCAGCCCUGUAAGAGUGCCACCGCGCCCGAGCUGGAUGACGUCUACUAUAAGAGCAUGCCAAACCUGGGCUCCAGGAAUCACCUUCACGAGCUGCAAACCUACUACCACAUGGGCCGUGGUGGCAGUGAUGGAUACAUGGUGUCCGGGAACAAAGAGGAGUCUGAUUCAUCACCCGAGGAGCCGCCCGUAGACCCCUCCCACCUGGUUACCAGUCUAUAGAGCCAAUAAAGAGACUUGUUUUUUUCCCUCCCCAGUCCACUCACAUUUCCAACGUCCCAAUGAAAACAUUCUGUGUUGUUGACUGACAGACGGAGCUGGCCCGCCCCUGGAUUGACGUACUGUGUGUUUGUGUGACAUAAACUAUGGUUCAUGACAAUACGGUUGAGAUAUCGCUGGUCAUAUCAAAGCAGGGACUGAAUGUAUUGUCAUCAAUGGAGCACACUGAGAACCUGGGCGGUUCUGAGAGACUUUGUGACCAUCAACGAGAAAUGGAAAGGAAGUGGGGGGGGGCUCUGUAAUUUUACCCCACCUGUGACUUUAAUUUGGGAUCUUGGAUUGACCGUAGCCCUACAAGUUCCCCAAUAUGGACCUCUAGCAGAUCAUAGCAAAUAGUCUCCACUACCACCACUACAGGGGCAUGACCCCCUCAGCCCUGGUUAAAGGAGCUGCUUGUCUGUUUUGUCUGUAUGUCUGUCUCUCUGUCUCACUUUUAAAGACACGUCCUGGGAUGACGUUUCGAACUCUCCAAAGGGCAGAGGAGGAUAUUCAACUCCGGUGUGCAUAAACACAAACUGGCCCCCAAAGAGGCACUGCCCCACUCCUUGCCAAUCAAGUGGAGGAUGUACGAUAAAAUGCUCUCACUCGUGACCAUCCCAAAAACAUUUUUAAUGGACAACCGAAACUGUAACCAUAUCACGCUGAUGUACUGAAUUCUUCUUCCUGCGUAUCUGCUAAUCUGGAGUUGUGUCCGGGCUGGUGUAACAUUCCUGCGAGCUGUAGUGACUGCGGCUAUACCGUGUAUUCCACUGAAAACAGAGAAGGAAGAUCCUAUUACAACAGACUGAAUUUGAAAAAAAAAAAAAAAAUGAAAGUAUGGGUUCCAUUUCUUCUCCUCUCUUCUGUGAAAGUUUUCAGUUAUGGAGGGAUUACGAGGAAAUCACAAACUGUUUCUAUGUAUUGUACAGAAUACAGAUACAGAUACAAAUGUUGCAUAUGACCAAGUCCUUUAUUUUUCGAUUUUUAGGUUGCAAACCUUUUGUCUGUGGAACUGAGAAGUCAUGAUAUGUUCUCACGUGUAGACUAUACAGAGCGAGCAAGGGACUAUCUCUCAUGUCACUCUUUCAUAAAUACAGAGACAGUUACGCACUCCUUAAUUAAUACGCAUAUACCCCACGCACACUUCAUUCUGGUCCUUUUAUAGCAACGCUGUCACUCACAAUUCUGCAAAUCAACUGUUACUAUAUACUUUACCACUGGGUAGUUUUGAAAGUAAAGGGAAAAAGAAGUGCUUAUAGCUUAUGGAGGAGACAGUUACUUUGGAAAUGCUGCGUUUUAGUAAUUGCUGGAAGUGAGUCUCUUCUGAUUUGUUCUCGAGGAAAGCAUUUCCUCCCUUUAGGCACAAGGAGGAAUCUGGGUGAAAUAAGAUAUCAGAUACUUUGAGGAACACAACGGUUUAUGAAGCAUAUCCUCUGUAUUUGCCAAAUGUUCUAUAAAAUCGACGUUAACUUGCUGUGCUGGGUGAGAUCUUACUGUGCAGGUGAAAGGAUGCCGAGAAUAACAAGCGGCCUUCUCAAAAACUAAAUAAGAGAGAACAUUUCCACUGCUUCCAUAAAUUGAGAAAGGGCGGUUCUCACCUGUGAAAUGCCAUGAGUGACUCCCCAUAUGUGUACUGAGGAUUUGUGAAAGCUGCACACAGCAGCACUGUCCAAUGUGGAGAGCCAAUGUUUACUUAUUUAGGAGCAAAUUUUUUUAAAACUGUAUGAAGUUUAGCUUGCACAUAUAUCCCACAAGCCCCCGCGCCAUGUCCCCGAGAGAGAAAUUAUUUAUUUAUCUGUUUAUUGGUUUAAAGUUAGCAAAACAAGCUUGGUCGAAAGGAAGCUGGCUUUAGACAGGAGAAAAUAAAGUGGCACUGGGUUAAAUUUUGUUUCUUUUUUUAAAUUAUUAUGAUCAUAUUAUUAUUACAAUAUUAUUGCUAGUUAUUUAUUCUUUUUGUAUGGGUUCCAAGUUGAAUGAUCUCAUAACUAAUAUUUGUUGUAACAGUGAAAGUUGUUUGCCAACAAAUAAAUUACUGACAUAG